CAGCCUAUCAGAGGUGACUUCUCUCUAAGUUCCGGGUGUAGCAAGAUGGCGGCUUCCACAGCAGAAGGCAAAGCUGGCAGACCGCUUUGAGGAUCCGGCGCUGCACGGGCUACUGGCAGAAUGAGCGCUCGUUCUGGGAGAGGACGGGAUCCCUGAGUAAAGAACUGAAGAAUCGGGCGGAGCUGGUAAUGAUCAGCGCUCCUCUGAUCAUCCCAGAACCACCACCGGAUGUCGACUCUAAUGAAGGGGGUGCAGAUAUUCAACGAGAAGAUCCCCGUGGCUGGUGGUUCUCAGAUCCUAAACGGAGCAGUUUUAAUGCCAUAGAUGUAACUACAACCUGCAAAGGAUUAGAGGAAUCGCUGCAAGCUGUGGCUAAGGCCUUUUCUGAACUUGGGCCCUUCAACGGAAUAUUGGGUUUCAGCCAAGGAGCCGCUCUAGUGGCCAUGAUAUGUGCAUUAAAACAACGCGGAGACUCACGCUUCCAGUUUGACUUUGCUAUGUUGGUGGCCGGAUUCAAAAGUCGUGCUCUUGAACAUGCUGAGUUUUACCAACAGCCCAUCACUGUCCCAUCUCUUCAUGUUUAUGGUGACACUGACCGUGUUAUCCCAGGAGAAAUGAGCCAAGAGCUAGCUUCUAAUUUUGUAAAUCCAAUCCUACUUACGCAUACAGGAGGUCAUUACAUACCUGUGUGUGCGGCACAGAAGAAGGUUUAUUUCCCAUUCUUGGACUCUUUCCGUACAUAAGCUGUGACGGAAUAUAGAUAUUAUAGGUUUAUAAAAGUGAACUCUAUGAAUUUGACAUUAAAGCGGGAGUUCACCCGAAAAAAAUUUUUUAACAUUAGAUUGAUGCUCAUUUUGUCAAGGGGAA